AUGCUGUGCGAUGCCGUCCCGUUUUCCAAACCGCCCGGUCGCAUCCCGGUGCUCUGCGGCCGCGGCACCGGCGGCACCGGCACCGCGGUGGUGCCGCUGCGCCCCGUGGUGCUGCCGAGAACGGCGCAGCGGGAUAAGUCAUUGGCCAUGGUAUUCCUAUUGUUGGCAUGUCUGUCGCUGAUCUUUGAACGACGGGAUGGAGGAUUGAAGGCUUUGAGCCUUGGUGCCAAGCCGCUGAAUCUCAGCCGCCACGUCUCUGGGCUCUGCUGGUCCGCCGUGGCCAUCGUGGGGCGCCCCGCCGCCUCCGCGCUGCGCAAGGAGAUCGCCACGCCGCGCGCGGGGAAAGCGGUGUCCCAUGCGGAACAGGUGGGGAUGACAUCAUUGAUUCAAGGCGUCGUUGCGAUGGCCUUUCUGGUGUUGACCGGAAACUUUUCCUUCAGCGCACUACCCAUGGUUUUCUGGAUCUGCCUAGCCAGCUCCAGCUUCUUGAAUGCCAUCAUUAAAACCGCUGAGACGCAUGCCUACAAGGUGGGUGAGAUGUCGCUGUGCGCCCCAUUCUUGGCCUUUGAUCCAGUGAUUCAGCUGCUGGUUGGAAGCCUCGUUUUGCCCGUCCUUCACUUCUUCGCGAACGGUGGCAGCCUGGCUUUGUCGCUGUCGCUGGGAAAGGCUUCGGCGGUGGCGUGCAUCGCAGCCGGGAUGUUGGCGUUGUCCAUGACGGAAAAGGCCGCUUCGACGCGCGCCUUGCGCGCCUUGCCCAAAGGUGCAGGUUUUAUCAUCUUGAAUUGCGUCUUGUAUUCUGCUACGUACCGCUUGGAUGCAGCGGCUGUGGGAGUUUCGAGUAGUUUGUGCCUCUUCGCCUAUUGCCGCCUGGUCAUGGCAGCCAUGUGUUUCUCCACACGGAUCACCGGGGCCUCGCGGAGCGACGCAUUGAGGGAGGAGACGACGGGUCUUUGGGAGCCACGGACCUUGCUACUUCUGCUCUUCGUUUGCGUGGUUGAUGCGGCGUACAUGCUCUCCAUGUACCAAGCGGUAUCCUUAAUCAGCCCCGUCUUGGUCUCCGCCGUAAAACGCGGUGGGGGCAUCGUGGUCAGCGCGUGCUUCGGCGCCAUCUUCUUCGGCGAGAAGUUGGAAGGUCGAAAGCAGCUGCUCUGCGUCGUGGCCAUUGGGGUGGCGAGCUCAGAUCCUUGGCCCUGGUCCAUGCCUGAGACCGAUAGCCAUUCUGAGGGCUUUCAGUCAGACGAGGGACCGGAGGGACAAGGCGAAACGGUGAGGGCAGAGGCCCUGUGGACUCGCCUCUGUGCCUUGCAACAUGGACUCGCAGAGGUGGAGAGGAAAAUCAGCAAGCACAGCAGCUUGCAAGAGGCUCGACAGCAGCGCUGCACGCGAAAUCGACAUCGUUGGGUGCUUCAACAACGGCGCCAGGUUCCCACGCGCUUCCGGAGCUUGUUACCUCCUGGUAUCGCAGUUGGCCCCAGUUCACCUGAGGUGACGCCUGCGCCGAUUGCGCCGAUUGCAGGUGUCCCCCAUCGCCCCAAAGCGCACCGCGGACGUGCCAAAGUCGCCCGUUCCGCUCGCCCUCGACGCGUGGCGCGGCUGCUGCAGCAGGAAGCGACGCAGCCCGCGUUCUGCUUGGAGGAAACGGUGCCACGGGAGGAUUGCUCGAGAUAUCGGUUUCCUUUGAGCCGUCCCUCAACCUCUCCACGUCUCCGCGUCAACGACUACGGAAAUGAUGUCGACGCGGCCGUACACGGCGUUGUGGGCGACAACGACGACGUCGAUGAGGGCGAUGAUCAGGGUAUCCAGAAGGAAGAGGACAUGUUGCGGGAGCUGCAGAUCCUUUCCAACUCCUUCCAACCUGACAUGGACUCCUCAACUUCCGAAGAGCCUCCAAAGUCAAGCGAAAGAUCACCACUGCAACUUGGAGAUCAUUACCUGCAACAUCCUAGCGAUCCGGCCUAUUCCAGAAGUUUGAGCCAUCUACCUGAACGAAGAAGGAGCGUUACCACUGACAUCCAACAUGACGAAAUUCCGCUGAAAGUCAGUGACUCAGGCCUUCCAGAUCUUCCCGAAACUGUCCUUCAGGAUCCGCAGGCGCAACGACCGUCAACGGCAUCCAAGGAAUCCAAGGAAUCCGCGGCAACCGGUUCUGGAAGCUCCACAGGUUCGCAAGUCGAGUCAUCAGCGGCGCGUUCUCGGCCGCCACGCCAUGCGGUGUUCCAAGAUCCAGUGGCGUCGGAUGUCUCAGUGCCGAGCCGCUCCCAUCGCCGUGCUGUAUACGGUGAUCUGAGUUCGCUCGGAGUGUCCCAGGAAGCGCUUGCAUCCGCGUCCGUGGCUCAAGAGUCUUCAGAGAGUGAUGCGGAUGUGCAGCAAAUUCUCAAGGAUUUCAAGGACAACGGAAGUAGCCACGUGGCCUUCGAUGAUGAAUCUGAGUCCGAAGAUGAAGAAUCGGAAUCUGAAGAUUCUGAAGAUGAUGAUGUCAUUCUCGACAAGGAAUAG